CAUGUGAUGGGGGAGCUGGAGGGACGACGGGGGGCCUGGGGCUAUGUGGCUGGCGGGAUGGGGGCCCUGUCCCAAGCCAUUGCUCGUGCGGCAGCUGCCAGGGGAGCCCACAUCUUUGCUGAGAAGGCAGUGCACCAUGUGCUGCUGGGCAGGGACGGGCGGGCACAGGGCAUCGCACUGCAGGAUGGGACAGAGGUGAGGAGCAAACUGGUGCUGUCCAACGCCUCCCCCCAAAUCACCUUCCUGGAGCUCACCCCCCAGGAGCAGCUGCCAAAGGAUUUUGUCCGACGGAUCCAGCAGGUUGACACACGCUCGCCCGUCACCAAGAUCAAUGGUACGCCGAUGAUUGAGCUCUGCAUCCCCUCGGUGCUGGACCCGGGGCUUGCCCCACGGGGCUGCCAUGUCGUGUCCCUCUUCACUCAGUACACCCCGUCCGUGCUGGCGGGCGGGCAGCCCUGGGAUGAGCAGGCCAGAAAUGCAUACGCAGACACAGUGUUUGACUGCAUCGAAGCCUAUGCCCCGGGGGAGAAGAUCUUCGGGUUGCCCGGCGGGAACAUCUUCCAUGGAGGGAUGUCUCUGGACCAGCUGUACUUUGCCCGACCAGCACCAGCCUACUCGGGCUACCGGUCCCCAAUUCCUGGCUUGUACCUGUGUGGAAGUGGAGCCCACCCUGGAGGAGGAGUGAUGGGAGCAGCAGGACGCAAUGCUGCUCAGGUGGCCCUCGAGGACUUCAGACACCUGUGA